UCAUCUGGCACGACAGCGGGCACCGAGUCACCAAGCUCGACAGCGGGCACCGAGUCAUCUGGCACGACAGUGGGCGCCGGGUCAUCUAGCAGGACAGCGACCACCAGGUCAUCUGGCAGGACAGCGGCCACUGGGUCAUCUGGCAGGACAGUGGCCACCGAGUCAUCAGAUAGGACAGACAAGACAGCGGGCACCAGGGGGGGUCAGGCUGGACCGUGGGCACCGGGGCGUCAGGUUGGACCGCGGGCACCGGGCGGCAGGCUGGACCGCGGGCACCGGGGCGCCAGGCUGGACUGCGGGCACCGGGGGCCAGGCUGGAUCGGGUCAUCCGGCUGGAUCGGGUCAUUCGGCAGGAUCGGGCAUCCGGGCAUCAGGCUGAACAGCGGGCAUCGGGGCACCAGGCUGGGUAACAGAAGG